UUAAUGCAGAAGUUGGCUGCCACGUAGUUGGCAUUCCUGCCAUGUAUUUAUUUUAAGUACUGCAUGUUUUAGGUACAGCUUUUUGUAAAUUUUGCGAAUGAGGGAGCUAUUAUCUAUCAAAAUGAUUAUUUUUUCUAUUUGUUCGAUACUGCCCUCAUUGUUAGUGUUUGUCACCGGGGGGAAACUGCCUGAGCCAGAAGUUAAAAUCGAAGUCAUACAUAAACCUUUCAUGUGUCACCGUAAGUCAAAGUAUGGAGACAUGCUUCUUGUUCAUCACGAGGGAUUCUUGGAGAGUAAUGGCACCUUGUUUUAUUCCAGCCGCAAAUAUGGGGAUAAAAACCCAGUAUGGUUCACUCUUGGGAGUCGAGAGGUGCUCAAGGGUUGGGAUAAAGGCCUGCAAAACAUGUGCACGGGAGAGCGCAGGAAGCUGACAGUCCCUCCAUCCCUGGCCUAUGGCAAGGAAGGAAAAGGCAAGAUCCCUCCAAUGAGCACCCUCAUUUUUGACAUUGAGCUAAUGGAGAUCAGAAAUGGUCCAAGGUCACACGAGUCUUUCCGGGAGAUGGAUCUGAAUGAUGACUGGAAGCUCUGCAGAGAGGAGGUGAAAGCGUACCUGAAGAAAGAAUUUGAGAAACACGGAUACUCACCUAAUGACACAGAUCAUGACGUGAUGGUCGAUGACAUCUUCAAAAAUGAGGAUGAAGAUAAAGAUGGUUUUAUAUCUGCGAGGGAAUUCACCUACCAACACGAUGAGCUUUAAAGGACUGAUUUUAUUUACUUUUUUUACUUUUGUGUUUCAUGAAUCUUGUUUUUUUCUUACACUGCAGUUGAACAGUAUUUUGGCUGAACAAUUUAUGGAAAAGAAGAUCCAUAAUUAAUUUAUAUUUCCAUCCUGCACUGAUAAUGCCACCACAGAUGAGUUUAGGUUACAGUAUUGAAAUUGUUUGAAUACAUUUAAAAAAUAAAUGUUUUUG